AGAGCAAGAGCGUCCCAGCCAAGCAGGGUGGGCAGGCACCAGGGCCCUGUGCUGCAUUCUCCAUUCCUUUUCUUCUGUCUCAUUGCAUACAGACAGUGUGGGAGCUGCUGGCUUCACCUUGGGUGCCUGUCCCCGCUUGCCAGGGUCCUAGCUCACCUCUCUGUGAGGUCUGGAGUGCCUCAGGAGCACUGGGAACUGCAGCCAGGGCUCUGCUGGCAGUGGCUCAGCAGCGAUGUGUCAGCCUUUGUGUGUGAGAUUCUCCCAAGAGGGUGAGCACAGGCAGCAAAAUAUUUAGUGGGAGCUGAGGGCUGUUCGGGCUGGAGUCACUCAUUCAGUCAUUCACCAAGGCUGCUUCAGGCACGAAGUGGGGCUGGCAGUUGGAAAGCACCGUUUUGUGGCUGUUGUUUGCAUGGAGCAGGUGCUGGGCUGGUGCCUGCCCAGCCCACAGGUAUUUAUCUCUUGGAAGCGUGGAGCUGGACGAGGCAGUGAGGAGUCUGAGCUGGAGCCAGAGGACUUUAGUUCAAGAGCAAUAGAUAAAAGGAGUAGAGAGGUGGGAACUUGGGGCUGUGCUCUGACACAGUGGCCAAGUGAUUUGCAAUUGCUGGUGCACCAGCUGUCUGAGAGCGAUCCUGUUCCAGCACUGGCACAAGGAGAGACGAGCCCCUCCUUCCUGGAUUCCCACCGGGGAAGGGUCACCUGUGCUUCUACCAGCCCGGAGCAGGAGAGGGACCUGUUUGCUGAAUUUCCCUCCGGAGUUUUUUCAGGCCACAGAGGAUGAGCUGGUAGCGAAAGUGAAAGCCCAGGAGAUCCCAUGCGGUGGGUGCAAGCGCUGGGGCAGAACGAGCACACCCAGUAUUGCUUCCUGCCAGCACCUCUGCCCAUCACCGCACAGCAGCCGCACCCCGGGUUGCCCAUCACCUGGGCACCCCACUGCCCUGGGGUGACAGUACUGCCAGGAGGAGUCUGCUGUGGGUGCCAGCUGUGCAAGAGCUCCUCAGGAUGGUUUUCUUACGGCCGCUGUCAACUUUCCCUGUUUGAGCAACUGCAGAGGAGCUGGCAGUGCCUUGGGUCUCCUCACAGCUUGCAGGGGACGUGGCAGCUUGGAAGAAGGGGAUGCAGCGUCUUGUCCCAGCAGGUGCUGGAGGCUGUGGCAGCACUGGGGAUCUUGGCCUUGCACGUAGCUGCAAAGUGUCAGCCCAGGCCUGUGGUGGGAAUGAGCACCACGCAGCCAGGGCUGCUUCACACAGAGGACCCAGCACAAGGCAGCCCUGCAGCCACGUCUGUGGCCACCUGGUACUGAUUUGGUCAUUCCUACUCCCAGAACCAAGGCCUGGUGCUGCUUUGGGCUUCCCCGGUACUUACUGCUAAAUUCUGGUGCUGGUUUCUGUCCUACCACAGCUGCUGGUGUUGAAGCCUCAAGCUGUUUUGAAUUCUAGUGCCUGUGCCACUACUCACUUAUGACACCCUGUGCCAUUACCUCUUGCUGGUGCUGGUACUGGUGGCAUUAACCUCUGCUGGUGUCCGGUACUGUCACCCAGUGCCACUGCCUGAUGCCAUUAUCCCGUGCCCGGUACCGGCACUGUUACCCGGUGCCUGGUGUCCGAUGGCCAGUGCCGUUGCUCAGUGCCAUUACCUGGUGCUGUUGCCCAGUGACUGGUACCGCUCCGUUACCCGGUGCCGUUCCCGGUGUCGGCGGGGGCAGGCGGGGGCGGAGCCGUGGGGGGGCGGGGCCGCGCGGGCCGGGCCGGGGCGCGGCGGGGGCAGAGCGGCGGCGGAGCCGAGCGCCGGGAGCCGCGGGAGCAGCGGAGCCGCAGCCGCCGCUGCGGCCGCAGGUGCUGAACCAUGGCGGUGUGGAUCCAGGCCCAGCAGCUCCAGGGCGAAGCCCUGCGGCAGAUGCAGGCGCUCUAUGGGCAGCACUUCCCCAUCGAGGUGCGGCACUACCUGUCUCAGUGGAUCGAGAGCCAGGCAUGGGACUCCAUCGACCUUGACAACCCCCAGGAGAAUGUGAAGGCGACACAGCUUCUGGAGGGGCUGAUCCAGGAGCUGCAGAAGAAGGCAGACCACCAAGUGGGUGAGGACGGCUUCCUGCUGAAGAUCAAGCUGGGGCACUACGCUACGCAGCUGCAGAACACGUAUGACCGAUGCCCCAUGGAGCUGGUGCGCUGCAUCCGGCACAUCCUCUACCACGAGCAGCGGCUGGUGCGGGAGGCGAACAAUAGCCCUUCCCCAUCUGGCUCCCUGGUGGACGCCAUGUCCCAGAAGCACCUGCAGAUCAACCAGACCUUCGAGGAGCUGCGGCUCAUCACUCAGGACUCAGAGAAUGAGCUCAAAAAGCUGCAGCAGACACAGGAAUACUUCAUCAUCCAGUACCAGGAGAACAUGCGACUCCAAGCCCAGUUCUCCCAGCUCUCCCAGCUGGGCCCCCAGGAGCGCAUGUCGCGGGAGACGACGCUGCAGCAGAAGAAGGCAUCGCUGGAGGCCUGGCUGCACCGUGAGGCCCAGACACUACAGCAGUACCGCGUCGACCUGGCUGAGAAGCACCAGAAGACGCUGCAGCUGCUGCGCAAGCAGCAAACAACCAUCCUGGAUGAUGAGCUGAUCCAGUGGAAGCGUCGGCAGCAGCUGGCAGGGAAUGGGGGCCCACCUGAAGGCACCUUGGAUGUGCUGCAGACCUGGUGUGAGAAGCUGGCAGAGAUCAUCUGGCAGAACCGGCAGCAGAUCCGCCGUGCCGAGCACCUGUGCCAGCAGCUGCCAAUCCCAGGCCCAGUGGAGGAGAUGCUGUCAGAGCUGAACGGAACCAUCACAGACAUCAUCUCUGCCCUGGUCACCAGCACCUUCAUCAUCGAGAAGCAGCCCCCCCAGGUGCUGAAGACACAGACCAAGUUUGCAGCCACUGUGCGGCUCCUGGUGGGGGGGAAGCUGAAUGUGCACAUGAACCCCCCUCAAGUGAAGGCCACCAUCAUCAGCGAGCAGCAAGCCAAGGCCCUGCUGAAGAAUGAGAGCACCCGCAACGAGAGCAGCGGGGAGAUCCUCAACAACUGCUGUGUGAUGGAGUAUCACCAGGCCACCGGCACACUCAGCGCCCAUUUCCGCAACAUGUCCCUGAAGCGGAUCAAGCGCUCGGAUCGCCGCGGUGCAGAGUCAGUGACAGAGGAGAAAUUCACCAUCCUCUUCGAGUCACAGUUCAGUGUCGGUGGGAAUGAGCUGGUCUUCCAGGUGAAGACGCUGUCCCUGCCUGUGGUGGUGAUUGUGCAUGGGAGCCAGGACAACAAUGCCACGGCCACCGUGCUUUGGGACAACGCCUUUGCUGAGCCUGGCCGCGUGCCCUUCGCUGUGCCUGACAAGGUGCAGUGGCCACAGCUCUGCGAGGCGCUCAACAUGAAGUUCAAGGCAGAAGUGCAGAGCAGCCGCGGGCUGACCAAGGAGAACCUGGUGUUCCUGGCACAAAAGCUCUUCAACAGCACCAGCUCCCACCUGGAGGACUACAGCAGCACCACAGUGUCCUGGUCCCAGUUCAACCGGGAAAACCUGCCUGGGAGGAAUUACACCUUCUGGCAGUGGUUUGACGGGGUCAUGGAGGUGCUGAAGAAGCAUUUGAAGCCGCACUGGAAUGAUGGGGCCAUCCUGGGCUUUGUCAACAAGCAGCAGGCGCACGACCUGCUCAUCAACAAGCCCGACGGGACCUUCCUCCUGCGCUUCAGCGACUCGGAGAUCGGUGGCAUCACCAUAGCCUGGAAGUUCGACUCCUCUGAGAGGAUGUUCUGGAACCUGAUGCCUUUCACCACCAGGGACUUCUCCAUCCGCUCCUUGGCUGACCGCCUCGGGGAUCUCAGUUACCUCAUCUACGUGUUCCCCGACCGGCCCAAGGACGAGGUGUUCUCCAAGUACUACACGCCGGUUCUCUGUGAGUCCACGCCAGCUAAAGCUGUGGAUGGAUAUGUGAAGCCACAGAUCAAGCAAGUGGUGCCAGAGUUUGUCAAUGCAUCAGGAGAUUCUGCCCCUGGAGGGGCCACCUACAUGGACCAGGCACCGUCACCUGCUGUCUGCUCCCAGCCUCAUUACAACAUGUACACCCAGAACCCCGACCCUGUGCUGGACCCCGAGGGUGAUUUUGACCUGGAAGACACGAUGGAUGUGGCAAGGCACGUUGAGGAGCUGCUGCGGCGCCCUGUGGACAGUCAGUGGAUCCCCCACGCCCAGUCGUGACAGGCAGGCGCCUUGCCCCUGGCCCUGGCGCUGCGGGGACUGUGCUGUGUUUGUGUCUCUGUGCCAGGGGACAGCGGGUGGGCCCUGCCCCCAGGAUUUGCUCUGUGCUGCCCCAAAACACAGGCUGGCGUCCAGCUCUUUAGUGUUUAUGCCCUUGUAUAAACAGCAGCGGAUUUGUCGCAUGGUUUUCCUGUAUGUUCCUUUUAAGAGGCCCAGCUUCGGCUUUCCGCUUCUGCCAGCACUGGCCCUGCAGCCCCUCAUUCCCCCGUGGGGCUGCUGGGGCGGGGGCCGCCAGCCCGGCCUCAGGUUCGCUUUCGCAGUCGUCACUAAGAAUGUACAUGUCGCCUUCUUGUUCUCCCCUGCAGCUCUGUUCCCAGGGGUGCGUGAGGGCAGAGGGCAGAGGAGGGGUUCUGCCAGGGCUCCCCUAGCCUGUGCUGGUGCUCUGCUCCACAGUGGCAGGGUCCCUGCACCUCAUCUUCUCCUCUGCCCCCAAGGAUGCAGGAGCCCCCCCUGGCUCCCGGCCUCGGUGUCCCCUCAGGAGCCAGUGCAGCAUGAGGGUGGCAGGGUGCGAGGGCACCCAGAGAGGGCAGUCGGGUGGGCAGGGGAUUUGGGGAAGCGGAGCCCUCUGCCCGCUGCUUCUCCCCUCGCCUGGGUGGGAAACUCGGGUCCUGGCCAUGUUAUUUUUCUAUCACAGAGUAAAUAAAGCACGGAAUAUUUUUGUAACACAAAA